CAUGCUCAGUACCGGUAUCGGUGCAGCUCAUGGUUACAAGACAGUAGGGGCUGGUGGCUCCCGGUGGCUCACAUACUGCUUCAGUGCCUCUAGCAUGAGAAGCGUUCAGUCGCACACAUUUGUGAACACAUCAAAACCCCAACGCACAUUGGGAGCGGGCAUGACUCUUCGACUUCACUUUUCAGCACAGAUAGAUGCAGUCAAACACACUAUCCUAAGUUGGUGUCAUACCAGUAAUCCAAACGCCUUGUCUCACCUCACCAAAGACUACUUGACCUGCCACUUGACAAUUUCCGCGAAAGCCUUUCAGUAGUCACCUCCACUCGCACAUAACCAUCCGCAUGAGAAGGCAUGGUGCAAUUCAUUGAAGGAAACCUCGUUUCUAUAGUAUGGGGUCAGCCGAAAUGUGGAGUACUCGCUUCAUUUGUUCGCUGUUGGCGUCCUGGUCAUGCGCAUUCUUCAUACUUUUCAUAGCAAACACUGCAACAUAUGUCCAAGGCGUGCGCCUUGCUGACCUGCUCAGCGGCAGCGGCGCUGCAGCGCAGACAUCUCGAAACUUGACCUUGAACCUGCAGCGAGUCGUCGUCUUGGUAGAAGAUGUGACUUUCCAUGUACCAGCCAGCACGCAGCUGACGGUCGCAGGACAGGGGCCGGAGAGCGGGCUUGACCUCCGCGCAUUUGGUUCUAGCGCCUCCCCUGCCUUCAGCCUCCCCGGUGGCGGCUCCUCCUUGGAGCUGCGCAACCUGACCCUGCUACUGCCGCCGCUGCCUGAGGAGGCUGCCACCGCUGCUACAGCUGGCUCUGCCGGGGCACUCCCUCCCAGCUUGUUGGCGCAUGUGAUUGAGGCUGUGGGCGGCGGCGGUAACAGGGCGCAAGUGGUGCUGCGGGGAGUCACACUGGUCGCGGGCGCAUGCAGUGACCUCAAUAUACACCGGAGCUUCUUCUGCCACGACCUCAACCGCUGGCGGGCGCGAGUUGCGGCGUAUGAUGAGCCCACCAUCCUGGGAGGGACGGUACGGUACGGCAGCAGGGCCCCCGGUGGCGGCCUGAUGGCGGUGGGCUCAGCAGAUGACAGUGGUGGCGUUGCAGUGCCGCCGCUUGCGCAGCUGCUGGACUGCGCAGUCACGUGCGACGCAGGAGUCAGUGGCGGCGGCGGCACGGGCAGCAGCAGCAGCACGCCGUAUGUGUCGUCCGGGCCCUCAGGUCCCUGGGACUGCAUGGCAGUCACGGUGUCGGACAGUGCGGGUCUGGCGGCGCUGCCUGACUUGGUCGCCUCGCAGCUGGUGCUAGCUGGCGCGACGGUGCUGGUGUCCGUGGAGGCCGGCGCCCCGGUCCGUGUCGACCCAAGCACCUGGAGCACAAUAAAGGUCCGCGUGCAGACGUCCAUCUUCUUUGUUGGCCGCGGCCGCGCCGCGUCCCUGCUCGACUUGGCGGGGCUGCAGUCAAAGCAGUUUGCGGACGUGGACAGCAACCAGAGGAGCCAGGGGCGAGUCGGGCUGAUGGACAUGACGCUGAUGGGUCUGUCGUACACGACACGUGCGCUGACGCAACUCGACCUGAUGGCGGCGUGGGUGCACGCCGUGGGCAUCUCGGGGACGCAAGAUCAGUAUCUUUACGACGUCACGGUGGGUCGCAUCGUGCCACCAGAGGUGAUGGCCUGGUUUAAGAAUGUGCGCCUGGCCCUGCCGGACGCGGAGGCGGAGUGGUGGCGCAACGCGGCGCCGACUGCGGCGGGCGGCACGGGUCUACCGCUGUCGAGUAGCGGGUGGACAGGGCCCGCACUCUCGGACCCAGACACGCCGCUCAACGCGUGGGUGUAUGGCGCCUUCCCGCCGACCGCGUCCCCCAGCUCACGUGCGGCGGACCCAGUUCGCCCGCCAGAGUGGGAGGCGGGGCCGGUGCGGAUGCGGAUGGGCUGGCGUGGGCUGCGCGCGUGCGACUACUGCUGGAUUGUGCCACUGUCGCGUGUGCUGGAGGCGGCGGCGGUGCAGCAAGUAGGGGCAGCAGCCGGCAGCACCAGUAGUGGGAACGUGCUCGUGGCGCAACCACCGCCGCCACCGCCCUUGGUACUGCGGGGCACGUGGCCUCUGGCGGACGCCCUGGGAUCCGACGUGGCACCCAAGGUGUCGUUGAGCCGGGUGCGCUUGAUGACCGGCGUUCGCAGCGCGCCCUACGUGCAGCUCGCAGUCCAAUGCGGUGACGACGGCGGCGGCAGUAGCGGCAACAGCAGCAGCGGCCGCGACAGCCCCGCUGUGUACGUCAUGCCGCCUGCCGACUUCGAAACUCCUGUACGAUUGUACGGCGGCAUGCUGUACUACACUCUGCGCCGUACAACCGGGCUGGGCGUCAACAUGAUGCCGUCGGUUGGGGAUCGGGACGACGUCAGCGCGUAUGGCCAGUCGAAUCCGUCCGUGACGCUGGGCGGCUCUGGAGGCUCCGCCGGCUCUGGCUCUCGCUGCGUGCUGCUGCCGCCGCCCACGUCCCAGUCCGCUCCGGGCCCCACCACCUGGGACAUGACAGACCUGUCGGACCGCAUCCGCAUCCGACUGGGACCGCCCGGCAGCAGCAGCGACGGCCCCUCACUCCAGAUCCAGGGCUUCACACUCUACAACCUGGCGCCGUGCGCACAGCCGCAGCCGCCGGAGCCGCCUCAGCAGACACCGGAGAUGCCUCCCUCGCCCUCAACAGCACCGCCACCGGCGCAGCCUACCGGGUCGGGGACCAGCAGCUUGGCGGCCGCUCCGCGCAUUAGCAUGGGGCGCCGCUUGCAGCAGUUCAUCGGCGGCGUAGGUGGAAGUGGAGGCAUCUGCUGGGUAUGCUUGGCGACACCACCCGAGCCUCCAGAGCAGCCUCUGCAGCCCCCACAACCACCCCAUCCUCCCGCCCUACCGGAACCGCCAUCCCACCCAGCGCAGCCACCAUCGCCACCGCCGCCGCCCCCACCACCGCCGCCGCCGCCUAAGCUACAUAACCCCAACGCCCCAUUUGAUGGCUUGUCUCUGGCGCUGUCCCUCUUUCAACUUGACAGGUUCAGCCCGCUGCUGUACGCAUGGCCGCAGUCCUCGCCAUCCGCCGCGCUCUCGCCGCCGCGCCGUCUGCCUCCGCUCGCGCUGGUCAACUGCAACCUGGUGGUGCCGCCGCCGGAGCUGGAGCUGCUGAGGAGGCUGCUGCGGGAAGCAGGCAGGCUGCCGGCAGUGGAUGGGCCCUCCGGUGGCACAGAGGGGCCGCAGGCGGGCACGACCGCAACAACAGGAGCAAGGAGGCGCGGGCGGAGGGCGCUCCUGGGCACGGGCGGACGGGGCUUGCAGCAAGAGCAGGCGGGCGCAAACAGCAGCAGUGGUGCGGCUGAUGAGUGGUCGUGGGCGCCGCCUGUGUGGCCAGCAGGCGUGCCGCCUGCAUCGGGGCCCGAGGUGCCCCUGCCGGCGCAGCUGCUGGCGUGUCCUCGCUCGCUGCUGCUGUCCUAUGCGGCUGUAGCCGAAGUGACGGCGGUGAAUGCUACAGCCAUUUCCUUCCGCCGCAUCUCGUUUCUGGGCUGGUCCGGCCGGGACGUUGUGGUCACCUCACAGCUGCCCGACGACGCGCCCACAGGCCUCAUCCGGACACCUGCGGAGCUGAGUCAGCCGUUGUUCUCUCCUAUCCUGGAAGUCCCCUGCUCACCGCCCCCGCCCGAGCCGCCAAGCCCUGCACCUCCGCCCGAGCGGCCCGACCCCCUCCUGCCGCCCAAGCAGCCCAGCGUGAGCAGUGGCGUGGGCACGGAUGCACUGCCGCCGCCGCCGCCGUUCUUGCUGCUGGCGGAUGGGGGCGGGCAAACCGAAAGUACAGGAGACAGGGGGGCUGCCGGCGCUGCGCCUGCAGGCCCUGACGCAGACGCUGUCAGCGGUGCUCCAGCACCCUUGUCCUUGCAUGACUCAGGCGUUGGAACGGGCAGCGGCCAUAGCGAAAGCGAUGGCAGUGCAAACGCGAACGCGGACACGGGGCAGCGGCCAUCGUGGAUUGUGCCGGCGGCUGCGACGCUGGCGACCGUCGGGGGAGUGCUGCUGCUGGCGAUCGUGCCGCUGGCUAUGGUGCUGGUGUGGCGGCGCCGCAAUGCCAUGGGUCGGCAGGAGCAGGAUCAGCAUGCUCAUGGCUUCAAGGACGUCAAAGGCAGCGAUGAGCAGCAGCCAGCAAAGGGCCGUUCAUCCAGAGAUGAUGGCCUGGCGGAGCGCGGCACGGACCCUAGUGGCAGCACGUGGGAGCGACUCAGCAGCGCCACCAUUACCGGUACGGCCGACGCAGGUGGCCUUGGCGCCGGCAGCAAUAAGCGCUGGGCCUUUGUCAACUACCUAUUCAGCUUCGGCCCACGCAGCCUCCGGAGCCCAGACAGCAAUAUGGCCUGGCGUCGCAUUGCACGGGCGCGCAAGCAGGGCACGGCCACGGGGCGCGGCAGCCAUCACAGCGCAGGGACAGCGACAGAUACCCCAAGCGCCAUGAGUGCUGAAUACAGCAACCGCAACACCGGGGCUGCCGUCAGUACAGUGACGGAUGGCGCUCUCGAGCGGAAGACAGCACCUGUGCCCCAGACCAGCGUUCUCCCUGAACUGGAUGCAGCUGCUGCGGCAGCGAAGGCGUCCCGUCUAUGGCGCUCGCUCGAUGCGAGCCGGCUGCUGAAGCCGGCGGAGAGUGUCGUAGCACGCAGCCGUGAAAUGGCGGCCAGCAGCGGUCAGCUUGAGUCCAGCAGCACAAGCCGCAUGUUGGUGUUGUCGCGCUCAUGCCGCAUUGCAGAUACGGCGGAUAUGGCUCGCGGGUUAGGUGAUCACGCUAAUCAUGCGCAGGCAGCUGCAAUGGCACCACAGCAUGGCACGGACUCGUCGGCAGAGGACUCUGCAGCAGCACUAGAGCAUGAUGAGGAGCUGUGGCUAGAGUGCAUCAUCGGGCGCGGCGGCUUCGGUGUGGUGUACCUGGGCACCUGGCGUGGCCUGCCAGUGGCCGUGAAGACGCUGGUGGUGCAUGAGGCACUGCUGGGGAGCGAGGGCCGCCGCCGGCAGCGUGCGGUGCUGGAGGCGGCGGUGUCCUCCGCCCUGAGUCACGCGAACGUGGUGCAGACGUACGCGUUCGAUGUGCGGAGGCUGGGGGAGCUUCCGGGCAUGGGGCGCGGCCGCUUUGCGCCGCCUGCCCUGGAGGCGGUGGCAGAGGAGGAGCACCCGGAGGGCCAGGAGAAGCCACUGGAAGCUCUUGCAUCACCGUCGGCGCAUGGCACCGAGGCGGACUCUGUGUACCAGCUGCUACUCAUUCAGGCGUACUGCGAGGGCGGCUCGCUGUGGGAGGGCAUCGAAAGCUCGCAGCUGUACAUGGGCCUUGCUCCCGACAGCCUGGGCGGUGUCCUGCUGGGUCUGUGCCUGGCACUGGACGUGGCGGCGGGCAUGGCGCACGUGCACGCAAGAGGCAUCGUGCAUGGGGACCUGUCAUCAGGGAACGUCCUGCUCUCUGCGCGGCCGCCGGUCGUUCAGGCCGCAGACCUGCACUCCGCGUCGGCGUGGGGCGUCUCGCUGGGUGCAAGCGGCGAUGCCAGCGUGGAUGCGGGCUUGGGCGGGACCUCCCAAGCAGGCACUGGCGUGGCAGGGCCGCUGGCGCGUGCGGAGCUGCUCGUGGAUGGGCACGGCGGCGGUGUGAAUAUGCCAGAGCCGGAGAGCGAGGAGGCGCAGGCCGCCGCCGCGGAGGCCGCUGCCCGGGCGCUUAUCGCAGGUGUCACGCUGCCGCCAGUGACGGCCAAGAUUGCGGACUUUGGGCUCAGUGCGCGCAUGGGCGAGGGCCAGACCCACGCCUCCAACUGCUGGCAGGGCACACCUGCGUACACCGCACCUGAGGUGGCAGUAGAGGGACGCCUUGGCAAGCCCGCGGAUGUGUACAGCUUUGGGGUGGUGCUGCUGGAGCUGCUGACGGGCAGGACCGUGGACGACGGGCUCCUGUCCAUGGCCGCAUUGAUGGCACCCGGGGGCGGUGGCGGCAUUGGAGGAGCGGCGUUGGCUGCGCCCGAGAUGGCCGUCCACGCGGCGGCUGCCUUGUCCACCGCUGCGCCUUGCCUGGUGCCUUCGGUGGUCAGCGGCGGCAACGCACAGCUGGUUGAGAUGCUGUCGGCCUGCCUGUCACCCGCGCCCCAGGACCGACCCACAUUCACACAGGUUAUGAGGGUCCUGGGGUCGGUCAUUUCUGACCUGGCUCGAGCAUGACAUGAAACAAAGAAUUUAUGGUUGUUAAAUGACGACUUCACCCGGUUUACGUGAUUAUGUGAUAGACGCCUCAGGCAUGUUUUGUGAAGACAGUGUGAGUACCGGGUGCUUGGUACAAUAUAGUAUGAAACGUAUCGUGGAGGCUUCAUGGUAAUAGCAGGUAGUAGCAGGAUCGUUGUCAAUGCUGCGGGGAUGCUGACUUAAAUGUAGCACUCAAUGUGUGUUCUAUGGCAAGGGGAUGCUGAAAUCCCCCCAGAGAGGUAGCGCAAACAACCCAGCCACCUACAAACUCAACCAGCAGUCACAGCUGAAAGUGAAGGCCACUGUAUUGACCGGUGACGACCCAUCUAAUGAGAUGUGUGAUGAACCCAUCGCCACGCUGCAAACCCUCAUGAUGGACCCAUGCGCAUGCAAGUUGCGGUUGUUUUGUGCUGAGGCGUGUGUAGACAGCGGUGGAAAUGUUUUCGCGGUUUCCAGCUGAGAGUACGGCAUGACAUUGUGUCUUGAAUUUGGACACGUUGUUGUACGUAAACUCCCUUCAAUUUAUGACUGGGUUAUUGUUAAGAAGUAUUCAGGGUACGGUAGUCGUUUGGCGAGCGCGUCGGUUGGUUGCUUGUUGCAGCCGUGGAGGACUGUGGGUCAGUGACUGACUCAGCAGCAGAUCUGCACUAGGUCAUUCCUUCUUGUGUACGCAAUGGCGUGCAGGCGCCUCAGAUGGCAUUUCCAUGCACCUCAUGACAGGCAAGCAAGCACGCGAUUGAGCGUCCGCGAGCGAGGGGAUUGAGGGGCUCCGCGACAGCGGGCGGUUGCGCAAGAGGACGGGUUGUGUCACUCGCGUGCACUGUGUCUCAGCAGAGGACGUGCUUUCGAGUUUGACGCUUCCACUUUCAGGUCAUUCAUUGUGCCUAAGUCCUGGAGUCAUUGUGAUCGAACCACCCGGUUGCCUUUAAGAGUAGCCCUUAUCACGCUUUCAUGCUAGCUAACAACACAUGGGUUCGACUUGUGUUGCCCCGCUAACUGACGCGGACACGUGGUUGCGCUGGAACUGAACCACGUUGUUGGCUAGUGUGUCCCCUGAGGAGUGAUGGCGUGGGUUUGCUUUUUAGUUUUGACAGUGAUUUGGUCAUUGCAUGCGUCCUGGGUGGCCACAGCCGCCACAUCCGCACCCAGUACACGCGCAAGGACCACUGCAUCCAGCGGCUGAUGACCGGUCUUCGGCUCAGUUGCCGCGACGGCAGUUGUAACACAGCGUUGUGCAACCUGUGGGACCGAAUUGGUUCAUCUGUGACGGUACCUGGCGGUGGGACUCGUGCGGCUCCCCAAUGCGUGCAGUUGCAGCGACGGCGGUCGUGGUGUAGGCGCUGCGCGGCGAUUAUGUUCAUGCGGUCCGGCCAUGGUCUGUGAUGUGAAGAGCUGUCAGGUC